AGUGCGCUCUCUUGCUCCAUAAGGAAUUAUCACACAAAUAGCGCUAGAGUUUGAGAGAUUCACGGAAUAUUGUCAGGAAUUGUGGAAUUAUAUGGUUUGGAUUAUCUUUUGAUAGAUCAUUACAUAUAUCAGCAUCGGCUGUGGUGAACAAGACAAGAAAAAUAAAAGCAAAAAGGCCUGGUGUGUGCGUCUGCUGGAUCAGCAAGGAGGAUUAAAGAAUUGCCAAAUUUCUAUCCAAACAUUUGUUUACCCUGGUUUAAGCUGCCUGAACCUAAUUUGUUGAGAGGACAAUAGAAGGUAUAAAUGUGGCAAAUUGUUUCCUUUGAGCCAAUGGGACUUAUUUAGCUAGAUUGAGAGUAAGUCGUUGAGUUGGCUGUGUGGUUGGUCAGUUGUCGGCCAGGAUGGCAAGAGUGAGGACCUGUGGUGUUGUGCUCCUGCUGGUGGUGGUGUGCCUGCCCCUCAGCCAGGCCAAGGAUAUCAACUAUAGAAUCAAAGAGGAGGAACCACAAGAUAGAGUAGUGGGGACUGUCGUGGACGAUAGUGGAUUAAGUGCAAAAUAUGAUACAUCUAUCCAAAAGUUACUUCAGUAUCAACUCUGGAAUAAGAAUAUAGUGCCUGGGCGUUUCUUUUCUAUCAAUAAUCGGACAAGUGUUUUGAAAACUCGGCAACCGAUCGACCGUGACACCUUGUGUGACGUCAGUUUAUGCUGCAAUCAUUUCGAGCGGUGUAGUUUGGAUUUGACCAUCAGCGUUGGACCGGCCCAGUACUGGCAAACCAUCAAAGUUCAUGUAGAAGUGGAGGACAUCAAUGACAACCGACCCACCUUUGAGAUCAAUCCUGUGACCUUGAAAAUUCCGGAAACUUCUGCUGUCGGAUCAGAAUUUCAUCUCCAGACUGCUACAGAUCCAGACGCUGGAAAUAAUUCGAUUCUUUCAUACAGUAUUGUUGAUCCAGAUAAAAUCUUCGAGUUACGUGUAGCAGAAAGUUUCAGUACAGAGUUGUACUUAGUCGUAAAUAAGACUUUGGACAGAGAGUUGACCGCAUCUCAUCAAGUCCGUGUCAUUGCUAGAGAUCAUGGUGUCCCUCCGCAGACUAGUCAGCUUUUGGUUAUCAUCGAGAUUCAAGACGCGAAUGAUAAUGCACCAGUAUUCUUGCAGCGUCCGUACGAAGUCCGCGUCAAGGAGAAUGUCACCAUCGGCACCAGUAUCGUGAAGGUAGAAGCUGUUGAUGAGGAUGCUGGAAACAAUGGAAAAAUUAUCUACUCAAUUCGUGCCAGGCCGUCCGAGAAAGUCAGCCAGUUGUUUCGCAUAGACGCCGAUAGCGGAGAAAUAUUCACGCAAGGAGAACUGGACUAUGAAGAUACCACUGUUUAUAACAUCCCGAUCAUGGCGCGUGAUAAGGGCGCUAAUUCAUUCCCUGUGAAUAAUUGGGUGAAUGUGUAUGUGGACGAUGUCAACGACCAUAGCCCGGAGAUCACGGUGAACUUCUUGACCGAUGCUGGCCGCGCUGAGGUGUCUGAAUCUGCUUCUCUUGGGACGUUCGUGGCACAUAUCCUGGUUAAGGAUCCAGACAAGGGGAAAAAUGCGGAAGUGACAUGCACUAUUGAUAGUAAGCAAUUCCGUCUACAGCCCAUGGGACAAGAUGAACCAAACCAAUACAAGUUAGUCACAAAUGCAACGCUGAACCGCGAGAACCGAUCCGAGCAUGAGAUAAUGAUCAUGUGUUCUGACAACGGUGACCCACCACUACGGGUCGUCACAACUUUAGUUAUCUUUGUGACAGAUGCAAAUGACAACAAGCCUAAUUUUCCACGCAAAACGUAUACUGUGGAGGUUUUUGAAAACAACACCAUUGGUGAUUUCCUUCUUCAAGUUUCGGCGUCUGAUACCGAUUCUGGCGACAAUGGAAAAAUCACGUAUUCCAUCAAUAAAAAAGGCAAAAAAUUUGUAAGAGUUGAGCCAGAUAAUGGCAAAAUCUAUGCGAGUAAAUCAUUUGAUCGGGAAAAAAAUGAUCAGAUUCAAUUUCAAGUCAUUGCAACUGAUGGUGGAAAGCCUUCACAAAGUGCCUCUGCUACUGUUAUCAUCAAAAUCAGUGACAAGAAUGACAAUCCACCGGUGUUCAAAAAGAAAUUCUCAUUUGACGUUGCCGAAAGUGUCAAACCACAUACGAAUAUUGGAAAUAUUUCUGCGGAAGAUCCGGAUGUUGGUGUCAAUCAGGAAGUCAGCUAUUCGCUCUUGUACAACUACGCUUCGGAAGUUUUCGAUAUGAAUUCAAAAGGAGUGAUAACUACUAAGAAAGAGUUAGAUCGUGAACACCGUGCUGUGUACGAACUUGUCGUUCUUGCCAGGGAUAAUGGCAAAGAACGCCUCAGCAGUACUGCCACAGUUCGGAUAAACGUGACUGACGUUAAUGAUUGCCAGCCGGAUAUUCACUUUCCGAGCAGCUCAAAUAAUACUGUAUACAUAUCAUAUUUAGAACCUGUUGAUCAUGUGAUCACGCGCAUCAACGCCACAGAUGCUGAUAGUGGCUUAAACUCAAAAUUGACUUACGUCAUAAAAAGUGGUAACAGUGACGGUAUUUUUAGAAUAGACCCUGACACUGGUGAAAUAAAGGUAGCAAAAUCCAUGGAAGAAAAAGAUGCGUUACUUUAUAAACUCGUCAUAAAAGUGAUAGACCGCGGUAUUCCGCAAAAUUUAAAUAUGGAGACUUUAAAUAUUGUAAUAGACGGUACAGGUAAAGCCAUAGACUUAACUGGAGUUUACAUAGACGGCUCACCUAGUAACCGUAACUUAAUUAUUGUUGUGUGCCUCGCGGCAGUUUCGGGUGUUCUUGCCAUUAUUUUAAUCAUUGCGAUCGUAUGCAUCAAGCGUAAAGACAGAGACAACCAUCGAUAUAAUGUGAAAACAGAGACGCAAAAAAUAUUCCAUCAUCGUGGUGAGAAACGCAAUAGCCAUGGCAGUAUAACUAGCGAUGAGGAAAAGCCACCAAAAAAGGAAGUGAGUUUUUCGAUGGAGACGGAGGAAAUGGCAGAAAAUUCAAACAAUCAGAGCACUUUUUUAACCAUGAAGACACAGCCGAAUUCGUGGAACUCCAACAGCAUCAACCCAAAAAUGUUGGAGAGAAGACACCGUCUAAGUCGGACUCCAGCGCCAAGAGCGGCAAAUUGGGAGCCAGUGAUACAAUACGACAUUUGGCAGCGGCAGCCCAUGUUGCCAUUAAAUGCUAAGAAGAGGAAGCAACCACGUGCGUGUAGUUCCCUCAUCCAUGGCGGUACUCCCGAGACCCAGUACAAGGUGAUGAACGACCUAUCAUCUCAGACCGGCCAGUCAACUUUCGGCAAGGGCAAGCCCAUGCAACACUAUCCCGUGCAGACACCGGAUGCACCCCAAGGCGAACAGACCAAGCAACUGAUGGACCUUCUGAAACAAUGCGAUACGGACAGCGAGUUAUCCCAGACGUCGAAUGCGGACAGCGGCCGAGGAGGCAGUGAUGAGGACAUCAAUUCGAAGACACAGGACAUCAGUGUCAUCAUGCCUCCUCCACCAGUAACCGAAAUUCCAGCCAGAAGCAGUUACCGAGCCCCUGGUUAUCAAGAGCACCGCAACAUCGUCCGCCAUCCACAGGAUUACAGUAUGAACAAUUCCCAGGACAGCGUCGUGGAUAACCGCGUGGCUGACAACAACUUCUCACCGAGGAACAACAUCUCUUUCAGUUCUUUUAAAAUUUCGAACACUCCCGUCAACGCAAAUCAUGUGAAAAGAGCCGAAAAUGACUACAGAUACAAUUCGCCGAAACAUGGCGACUAUACGCCGGAAAAAGACUCUCGCUACCGGACGCCAAAGACGAGUUUCCGUACCGCGACGCCGGGGUCACCGGGAAACAAUUAUUCAUGUGCUGAUAUGAACACUGUUCUGAAUGAGAAUGCUGGGAGUCCACUACGGGAUUAUGGGAACACAAGCACGAGCACGACAAACUCAGGGAGCUCAAACGUUGACCCUGAAGAAUUAUGUAAUGAAAUUGACAAUUUGUUCUUCAGGGAUAUGGUCGUGUAAUGGUAACAUUUCGCUUGAACUUGAGCCAGUUUGUAAUGCAUUUUUGCACUAUGAUGAAAGGUAUUAUUGGUUCUUGUCGCCACAAAUAGACAAGUAAUGGUGAAUAUGACAAUUUCUUACCUCGGAGUGCUGCCAGCCAUUUUGUCGUUCUUAAUAUUCGCAGGGGAUUAUGUCGCAAAGAACAUUUGGUUGUUGAGAAGUUUAUUUCUGCUGUUAAAGUGACUCGUACUGACCUGACUUAGAUUUCCCUGCUGACUGCGAAAGGCGUUUAGUGGUAGCCCUGCUGUGGCUUUACAAACAGACUAAUCCUGUCAAUUCAUUAUUGUGUGUGAUCUUUUGUUUUUAUCGAUUGAUUGAAAAAUUCCCAACUGCACGAUCUUUACAACAAAACACCGAAAUUCUCGGUUGUAAGUGUGAUUUUAUCUGAGACGCAAGUGGUCAACCUUUUCACUCUUUGCACAGAUCUGGACUGUGAGGCUUCAUAUGCAAUCUGUAAUGGUGCUGUUAUUAUCUAAAAAAUGUUUUAAUUUUUGUAUAAACAAUUGCAUUAUUUCUGUUUUGUAGAUAUUGACUGUUUGAAUGUUGAAGUAUUUCGUCCUUACUAUACCCAUGAUAACUGUGUGUCUAUGUGAGGUAAGACAGAGUUAUAAGGGGUCUAGUUGGGGGGAUUGAAUAACUUAAAAUGUCCAAGGUGUGAUCUGUGUUAAAUCUUAAAUGGUGACUCGAUCGUUCCAUGAUUUUUAGGAUUGAACGUAUAAAAUAUUGGAAAAGAUUUCGACUGAUGGAAUUGAACCUAAACUAGUUUACACAGACCUCAUCAAAUUUUGGUCCACGGGUCAAAUCUUUUAUGAAAGAAAAGAUAUUCAUGAAAUUGUUACUGACACAGCAUUCAAUGGAAGUUCUUAAAAAAGGUUUGUGAUGGCAGUUUUUGAAAUGCUGAUCAUCAUAAACUCUUUUGCCAAUGGGGUGGGGUAUUCUCAUAAAAUAGUCAAGAAUAUUUCCACAAGUAUGUUUUGCAGCUUAACACAAGUUUUUCAAAUGUUUCCUUUUUUCCAAAAAAAUGUAUUCUUUCUCUUUUACCUGUGGACCAUACACUUCAUAAUUGACAUGACACUGGACUUUUCUCAAACAGUCUCAGCAUUUUGAUGUUUAUUUUCUUCAAUGAAUGAUGGUCUUUUUUGUGAAUACAAACCCUGUACAUACAUGUAAAUUUGCAAAAAUCGUGAUGUCAUUGAUUGUACGGUAUUAACAAAAACUCAUGAGUUUUUGACGUUUAUCAUAUCGAAUGUAUGUAUGUGUGUCCAAAUUUUUAGAAACAGUCAGAUCUGAUUCUUCUUGUUACAUUAGUCCCCAAGUUAAACCAAUGAGCGCACCCUGAACAUUUUUCUAUUACGAGUUACGUAUCAUUCUAUCAUUUUAUACUACAUGCUUCCUUCUCAAAGACGCAAUGGUCGCCAGUUAAAUUUUAUUUCCCCGUGUUUACACUAGGAGAAAUGUUCACCUGAAAGACGAAUAUUGUCAUCAAAACUGAGUCGUAACAUUUUCAUUUUCGUUCUGUGCCCUGUCAUAUGCCUGUAUGGCAUGUCGCAUGCAUUCAUUGUGUGUUACACACAUGCAUGGCCAUGCAAUUCAAUUCCCUAGUAAAAAGUUUAAUGUCGAAUUCCUUGACUUCCAUGUCAUAAUUGUCGCCAUUUAUUAUUUGAUGACUCCUAAGUAUAAAGCCCAAGUGACGAGGUAUGCUUGUUUUAGCUACUACUGGUAAUAAGUCUUUAAACCCAUCCUUUGAAUGGUGGGAAAUAGGAACCGUGCAGUGAAGGUUUUUUCUCAAUUCUUUGCACUGUUGGCAAUUUCCCAGUUAAACUGUCAAUAUAUUUGCGCUUCCGAAGUCGCAAGGUAGCCACCAAAAGGUUUGUUUGUUGGUUACUCUAUCAAAUAAAUCGUGGGAACUAUUGAGAGUAUGAUCAAAGCUGAUAUAAUUGAGCUUCAGUAUGUGACCCACUUCUACUGUACUAUCAUUACCAUGCUAAACUUUCACACCAAAACAUUUAUAUAUGUACAAAUAGAACUUGAUGUUGUCUCUAUUUUAUUUGAGAUAAACUGUGACCCAACAAUUUUCUACCCAAUACCGUAAAUUGCGAAAUUUUCGUGCCUGUUUUAUUUUCAACAGAUUUCACAAAAAAACGCAAUUUGGUGAAAAUAUAAAAAUCACACAAAUUUAUUUUUUGAUUGAAAAAACAAGAAAAUUUCAUACUAGUCCACCAAAAUAAAAAUUGUUAAAAUUGAAAUUUUUGACAAUUUGCAUGAAAAAAUUUGGCAAUUUGCUGUGUUUUACUUAACCAUUUUUAAUGCGUACAAUGAGAAAUUAUUUGACCCAGCCAUUUUUGUGAACGUUGUUUUGGCUUAACUAGUUUCUUUCAAUGUAACAUUCUCACUGUUAUAUAUUUCCCAGUUUGAACUUCUUGAAAUGAUGACAAUGGCUGGUUCCGCUGAAUGUAUAUCUGUCAAAUAUAGCUUCCUCAGGUUUAAGCUGUCGCCAUUCUAACUGUAAUUCUGGUGAAAAACAUAAGUAAUAUACUUUACAUUAGAUAUGAUUUUAAAAGUAAAAUCUUAUUAUGAGUGACAUAUAGUUGUGUUUAUGUUGGCCACAUAUGGCAUACAUUGAUCCCAAGGAGGUGUGACUCGAUUGAUUAUUUGAGAUUAAGCUCGCUAUAUCCCCACUUAAUACUGUCAUGCAAAAUAAACUGUCAAGAUUUUGUAGGAUUUAUGUAGUUCCUGUUCCUUCCGCUCGUUGCUUCAACGCAGUUUCCGCUUAUCCAAGUGGACAUUACCUGUGACACAAUCGUACAGUUUUUUUUAUUCCUGUUUCUUUUUUGUGAUUCAUGGGUGGUGAUGAAUGUUUGAUAAUGACCACUAUUAGUUCUCUAUAAUCAGUUAAGCCAUAAUUGACUUCAAAUGGAGAUAAGACAGUGACUGCCCUUAUGUUAUCAAAUUCAGGUACAAAUAUCCUUAAGAUAGUGGCAAGGCCUACUACCUGUUUAUGUCAAUAAAAUCAAAACACCUUACUUUGGAGUAAUGUGUUUUUUAUAUAAUAUUAAGCACUUUGUCGGAGAUUUGACACUACAUGUAUUAUUCUGUGUGACUUGGUGAAGAGCAUGCAGUUAUAUUAAAAAUAUAUGAGGCAGAUUUGGCGGGUUUUUGCGCUAAAUUUUCGUUAUGGUAUAUUGUCAUAUCAGUUUAUCACUUAUAUUGUUCCGUAUCGUGAAACUUCAUUCAUCUCUUUUUAUUGCUAUUUAUCAAGGUUGAGAUAUGCACAUCGAGGAAAAUCACCUCGGUUAUGACUGUCAAUGUCUGAUUCUUCCUUUAGUCGCCUUGUCGCCUCUAUUCCUAAUAUUGCGUUGAAUCAUAUUCCAAGUUUACACUUUCAGAAAGUACAUUGCCCUGUUUGUUUUUUCAUGAGGUUAUUAUUCAAAACAUAAAUAAGACGGGUCUUUAUCAUAAAUGAGGGUCUAGCAUGUCAAGUAACAAUUUUACCGAUGUUUUCAUGAAGAAGCGUAUCAUCAAGACUAUUGUCAUCAUAAUAUCAUUCCCCACUUUUUGUUCCGGAUUUCCAAUAAUCUGGGCCAAAUUUUCUUAGGCGACUUGAAAGUUUUGUGUCAAACCUUUUAGAGACAGCGGUGGAUAAUAAUAGGAAGUGGUGAAAUCUAUUCUUUAUUAUUGGUCGGAUCCCUGAAUGAGCACCUUUGAAUGAGCAUGUUCUCAUGAGCUUUUGGCUUUGGAUUUUUUAUUUUUUUUCCCCUCAAAUCGCCCUCAAUCCCAUAUCUUAUUUGAGUCUCAUUGGGAUGAGAUUAUCAGUGUGAUUCCACAGAACCUGAACAUUUAUACCGACAUAGCUAUUUGCACAAAAAAGGAGAAUGGACAUACUUCCCUUCUUGAUCUAUUCUUCCAUGGAACAUAAAUUGAUAUUGAAAGCACUAAAAAAAUGUGUGUGUUUAUCAAAUAUUUACAGUUGCCCAAACAAAAUUUCACUGUUUUAUCAAUCUGUCCAGAAGUUUUGAAGGUAAUUUCUUGGAAAUUACUGAAGACUUUCUCUAGUGAUACUAUACUACAUGACAUCUGAUAGCUCCUAACCUGAACAAUCAUAUCUUACGUAACAUUGCUUCCACUACAUGUAUUACAUCCAGUACCCAAGUCAUACUGAUGGUUCAUUCUUUGACGUGAACUAGCUGUUUAUCCAUGUAAUAUGUUAUCGAGAAAAUUCAUUCCAUGCAGGCAUCAUUCUAUACCAUCUGAUGUUAUUGAUACAGUAUAGACACCACCCUUACCACUGAAACAGGUCCUAAAUACCAUCAGUAAAUGAGUAUAUGUAAAAUAACAGAUAUUUGUGAUUCAUUUUGCAAAUUAUUGAAAAUGCUGCUGAAGGUUGAUAGCUGUAUGUUUCUAUACUCCCCAUUUAAGCUUCGUGACAUGCCACUCAAUUGAUGCCAAUAAUAUCAACUAUUAAGUUCUUAAUCAAUUUUUAGUUGAGGGUUGAUUUUUUUCCUGAACUAGUCCGAAAUAAAUAUAAAUAUAAACACUUUUGCACUCCACUUCAGAGACAUUUUAAAUAGACCAAAAGUUCAUUUCUCGGCAAGCUAAUUAAGUGAUAAGUUCUUAAUUUCACAAAUCUACUAGUCAUCGAAAAAGUACCAUGCAGUUGACUUGACCCUUUGCCUUGUGUGAUUAUUUUCAAUGCACGUUAUAUAUUGAUUGAAUGUUCUCCAGCCCAAGACUCAACGCAAAUUUAUACGUUAGGCCACGAUAUUUCACUUCAUUUCAAAUAGUCAUAUAGGCUCACCAUUUAAUGGACGUCACAAUUUGAAUGAUGGUCACUUCAAGGUUAUAUUGCCUGGCAUGAAGCAUUUACCAUAUUUUCAGUUCGUUGCAACUUUUACUUCGCCAAUGUGUGACUGCCAGAAUAAAAGGACUAAGUUAAUAUGUUGAUGUUGUUUUCGAUGUCUUAGUAAUAUAUCGCACUCGAUGAAGUCAAUAUAAUUCACCAAACAAUGAAAUUUGCUGUCAAAUAUAUAAAACUUUUGUGAUUUUACAAGUAUGUUAUUCUGAUGUUUUGGGGUAAAGACGUUUAACAUUUUUAACAGGAAUGCCGUACGUUUAAUGAAGCGGUAGCUAUAUCACUAUUUUUAAAUGUCAGCACAAAAUGAUUACCCAAGCUAUUUAGGGUCAGAACGGUGACCGAUAGGAUUAAUGCUACAUGUCUACAGUUAUGUGGAGGACUCUUUCCACUACACUCUGAAAGAUAUACACAAUUUACGAUUCUCUCCCAAGCUAUUCCAGAGAUAAAUUUUAUGUUGUGGUGUAAGUUUUUGGACGACAAUGUAUUACUGAUGCCAGGAAGGUAUAUAUCAAAUCCUUUGUUAAAAUGGCUUCUGCCAAAUUGUAUUCACUGGGCGCUGAAUUUGGGUAACUUAUAUGAUCAAUAUUUUUUCUUUGUUUUUGUUCAGUUUAGUUCCUUUUUGGGACUGCUGUUGCACAGUUCUCAGCCACUGUGAUUUACCUGAUAACUUGUUGCAGCUGCAAAUUCCCUCUGUUUAUGACUUCUUCUCUUCUUUCAAAGAGAUCUAUCAGAUACACUUGUGGAUUCCAGGAAAAAUGAAUUCCGUGGAUGACAAAAGAGAGGUUUCUGUGUCCAGUAAUUAGUGGUUGCCAUGGAAAUCCAUUAAAUAGUGAUUUCCAUGGGAAUCUAUCAAAUACUAUAGUGGUUUCAAUUGUAAUCUGUCAAAAUCCAAGGUAGUCUGAAACGAAAUCUGUCAAAUGAUGGACGUUUCCUUAUAAUUCCAAGAAUUUUGAUACGAGUUUCCAUGGAGUCAUGAAACUGAUUUCUCUGAAAGCCAAGUGUAGUGUUUCAUUGCUGUCUCAAAGUUCAAUGUUAUACGUACGAUGUUAUUGGCUUUUAUGGUUUUAAUGCGUAAACGUCAGGUUUUAAUGCUAAGAUUUCUUGCGUGCAGGGGCAUGUUUUUGAAGAAUUUGAAAAAUAUUUCUCACUUCAUUGGAUCAAUGCACGUCGAUGUUGGAAGUUGUUUUAAUUUCUCGUAUUACCUAUAGAUGUCACUCUCUGGUCGUCUUCCCUGUUGAUUUUGUGCUAUUAUCACUACUUAACUUUGGUUGUGUUUUGACUGCACUCCUUAUGGCAUGCACUAUUGUAUUAUAUCGGAAACGAGCCGCAGAAAAACAAUUGCUGUACAAUAACUUCCACGGACCAAACAUCAACCUCGAUUACUCUAAAUUGGUCAGGAGUUGUUGUGUCCCUCUAGGUGGCAGCACUAUUACUUUUAGAAAUAAGGCUUUGAAAGCGAUCCAUUUGUGGUGGAUUAUCAACAGUAAGGGUAAUGAUGUGAUCCAUUUGUAAUGGAAUACACCAUGAGUCUGUCUGUAAUGGAAUUUAACAACUGUAAUGAAAUGUGCCAUUACAGCAGUGCUUCAUUACAGUAGUAGUGCAUUCCAUCACAAGGCAAUAAGCGCUUCUGUGAAUCGGGAUGGCUCCUGACCAUUGUCACUCGAAUGGGAAGUGACAACAAAUGCAUGAGUUCCUACCUACAUUAUUGGAUAAUUUGUUUUUAAUUACUUUUCAAACUGGCACCUCUUGAAAAAAACACCACAUUUUAUAGUGGGUGGCGAGAUUUUAAGAUAUAUUUUUAAUUUGCUUGUGAUUUUUAUUGUUAUUGUAGUUUUUAUUGAAGAAUUUGCUUCAGGUCUAAAUAAGUAAAGAUGGCAUGCAACAGAAUGUAGUGAUCUAGAUUUUCCUUCUGUUAUGAAAUCCGGGUGUAAGGGGUUAAUCCUUGCCAAGUAUUUUACAUCAGAAUUGCCUCAUUGGAUGAUAUGUUCUUGUAUUAUACUGGCGCAGCGACACCAAAUUCUUGAAAGCAGGCGAAACUAAGAUUGUUGCAUUUUUUAUACACCCUACAAAUAAUGGUAAAAUCGCCUUUUAUGGUCUUUUAAGUGGUGAAAUGAUUUUAAAUGUGUGUGUUUUUAAUGGCGAGAUAGACAUGCAGACUGUAAAAUGAAAGAUUCAAUUCUCACACGUGUAAAUAAUAAUGUGUACAUAGUGAUUAUUUAUUGCACAUUGAAUAUCUCACUGGACGACAAGCAAUCCCUAGUCAUUCCAGAAUAAACUUGCCGAAAGUUUCUGUAUAAUUCAGUGUACCGCGAUGCACAUUCUUAUACAGGCUUUUCGGGCAACUUGGAGUGAAAUUACAUUGAGCUUAUCCCAUAGUCAUUCUAGAAUAAACUUACUGUAAGUUGCUGUAUAUUUAGUGUCACAGCAGUUAAUCGAUUUUCCGUCACAUUGGAGUAAAAUAUAAGCAGUUGGAUAUAUAUUAAGCACCCACACCCACGGCUAGCUAAGUGGGCUUUAACUGUUGAUAUGAGUCGUAUUGCAAUUCAAAAUCAAAAUUUGCAUUAAUUUGUAUCACUUUGUUGUCUCACUGAUAUAAGGAACGCUAUUUGUCGUUACAUAUUUGUAACUUCUUUGCUGAAAAAAAUGGAACAGAUUUAUUGUAUUCGAUGUAUAAAUGUUUCCAAAUUUGAGGAACCGUUAUGUUAAAACUUUAAUAUUGAUGGGAGUUGUGUGCUUUCACUUCUCGGAUAAAACUAUUUUAGAUUUUAAAAAAGGACUAAAUCUAUGUCUUUCUGAGCAACGUAUGUUUCAUAUCCCUCUGAACAGUUCCGGGAUUUGAAUUUCAGUAGUUGUAAAUGGCUCACAGUAUUUUGGUUGCUCUUUGAACAAAUGCCGCAUAAAUAUGAUAUUGUACAUUUUAUUAAUCUGUAUAUAGAUAGUGGGAUACAAAACAAUAGUAAAUUUGCCUUAGCAAUUUUGAGAAUUUUCCCGCUGGUGAUAUGGCAUUUAUGGCAUGAUGUCUUUUGACAAUAAACUUCACCUCAGUGAAGAACCCUGUUUGUUUUCCACCCUUAACCACAAAAAAAUCUCAAAAUUGAAAAGGUUCAAUUUAUAUCACUGUGGUUCCAUGUCAUCUCUGAUCAAAGGAAAUAUUUUUCUUAAGUGUAUCAUGUUCAUUCACAUUUGUACAUUUUAUAUGUUGAAGAUUAUAUGCAUGAGCUGGUAAAACUUAGCCAAUUUUUAUUCCAAAAGUGACAUUUUGUGUGAUUUUCCACAUCUUGCGCCAUUUAAAUGACAUAUGGGGUGUCCCAAAGAUAUUCUGGUGUAAUUUUGCCUUGUAUUACAAUAUGAAUUUUUAGUCCCUGGGUAAUUUAUUCAGGAAGCAGUGAAUAGCUUGCAUAACUUAUAUCAAUCAUAAUUUUAACUUUACCCUUGGAUAAUUUAAGAUCAUUUCAAACAAAUGUAAGAGCUAGGACAUCUUUUAAAUCACACCAAACAAUCAUUAUUUGAGUGUGGUACAUCCACGUUCUUCCCUUUUGUUAAAUUUUUUUCCAGAUUGUUUUUGGGACACCCUACACGAAAAUCAGUAGUUUCCAAGCUUAAAUAUCCCCAAGUGUCUUAUAUGUAUAAAUUGUACAGGCAUGUAGUUUGUAGUUAUGACGGCACAAUGCAUUUGCAACAAAAACAUUAUUUAUACGUAACUGUAGUAAGGCUGUUUGUCCAUGUCCCUGCAGAAAGCAAAGCAUGUCUCAAUAAAAAUAUUACAUUAUA